AUCUCUGACAGUGCGCGAAGCCAUUCACCUACACCUUCCUGGCUGGCCCAGAAACUCCCGAAAAACUUAAAUUUAUAAAAAAUAUUUUGUAAAAUCCCAUCACCAAAAAAGGGACAAUUUUAUGAGAAAAAUCAGUGACCAGUUGGACUCAUCCUGGAGUUGUCCGGGAUUUCCUCGGAGGAUUUUCGGAUCACCACCUUGAAAACACCGCGGAAAGAACAGACUUGUUGCUUCGGCGACUUUCCUCCCUUUCGUUUUCCACAAAGUUUUGUGUCUCCCCCUAGUUUGCUCCAGGCUUCAGCUUGGAGAGCCUCACCGCCACCAUUGACCCGAGCAGUUGGAGCGGCAGCGAGAGUCCUGCCGAAGACCUGGAGAGGAUGAGCGACUCAACUGACAAGCCAGCGGACAAUGAUGCGGAGGGAGUGUGGAGCCCGGACAUCGAGCAGAGCUUCCAGGAGGCGCUGGCCAUUUACCCCCCCUGUGGGCGCAGGAAGAUCAUACUGUCAGAUGAGGGCAAGAUGUAUGGCAGGAAUGAGCUGAUUGCCAGAUACAUAAAGCUGCGAACUGGGAAGACGAGAACUCGGAAACAGGUGUCUAGUCACAUACAGGUCUUAGCAAGAAAGAAAGUUCGAGAAAUCCAAGCUGCCAUUAAGGUGUCUAGUCACAUUCAGGUUCUUGCCAGAAGGAAAUCUCGUGAGUUUCAUUCCAAGCUAAAGGAUCAAGCCGUGAAGGACAAAGCGCUCCAGAGCAUGGCCUCCAUGUCGUCCGCUCAGAUCGUCUCUGCUACGGCCAUUCACAACAAACUGGGGCUGCCAGGCAUCCCGCGCCCAGCCUUCCCCGGAGCAGGGUUAUGGCAGGGCAUGAUAUCAGCUGGGCAGCCGGGAUCCUCACAAGACAUUAAACCGUUUUCACAACAAGCAUAUCCAAUCCAGCCAACAGUUACAACAGCUAUUUCAGGUUAUGAGCCCUUAACUGCCCAGGCCCCAGCAGCGCCUGCCUGGCAGGGGCGCUCAAUUGGGACGUCCAAACUGCGACUGGUAGAGUUCUCUGCUUUUCUAGAACAACAGAGAGACCCAGACUCUUACAACAAACAUCUAUUCGUACAUAUUGGUCAGACAAAUCACUCCUACAGCGAUGCUCUCUUGGAGUCCGUGGACAUCCGGCAAAUUUAUGACAAAUUUCCUGAGAAAAAAGGAGGGCUAAAAGAGCUUUAUGGAAAGGGUCCUCAGAAUUCCUUUUUUCUUAUAAAAUUUUGGGCGGAUUUAAAUUGCAACAUCCAGGAUGAAAAUGGAUCAUUUUAUGGUGUCACAAGUCAAUACGAGAGUUCUGAGAACAUGACCAUAACAUGUUCCACAAAAGUCUGCUCCUUUGGCAAACAGGUGGUGGAGAAAGUCGAGACUGAAUAUGCCCGGUUUGAAAAUGGCCGCUUUGUCUAUCGCAUCAGCCGAUCUCCCAUGUGCGAAUACAUGAUCAACUUCAUCCAUAAGCUCAAGCAUCUCCCUGAGAAAUACAUGAUGAACAGUGUGCUGGAGAACUUCACCAUCUUAAUGGUGGUGACAAACAGGGACACACAGGAGACGCUGUUGUGCAUGGCGUGUGUGUUUGAGGUAUCCAACAGUGAACAUGGAGCUCAGCAUCACCUUUACAGACUGGUGAGGGAGUGAGUGAGCUCCUCUUCUACAGACUUUACCCUAGUGGCAGUGCCUCGAUUAAAGUCCUGCAUACAUGGCUUUUUUUGCGUCAUCAUUUGAGUGACAUCCAUUGUCCUUGAUUUUUGUAUUUGACUACAGCUGUGAAUUAAGGUACAGUUGUUUUAUGUUUUAAAAAGGAAAUUGCAUUUUGUUUGGUAUGAUUGUUGAUAAAUGUUUAUAAAUAGUAAAUGUAAAUCUAUGUGAUGUCCUCUGUUUUAUGUAUAGAAGAGAAAAAUACUCACCCUUUUUAAGUGGUCUUAAAUGUUUUUGUAGCUUUGUUUAGUUAAUAACUAUUGCCUAUAAAAUCGAUUUCCACAGCUCCCAGUAGAUUUCCCAAAGAAAAAGAGUGCCAUUGUAAGUGUAUUUAAAACCACACAAUAACAUAAAAAUCAGGCAGCCUUUCAGAUUUAUUACAUUACAUGCACUCCAAGUUUUCUACACUAACUGUAAAGCACUGUGAAAUACAUUAGGUUUGAGUUCACUUACAUUUUAGGCACUUGUCAUUAUAAUAUAACAUCUUUUAAAUUAAAAGGGAUUACUCAUAUUGUAAACUGGUUUAGGUUUUAAAAUACUCCACUAAAUUUACAUUAUGAACUAGAUCUGUUUAUUGAAUGAAAAAGCAGAAAUAAAAUGAUACAUUUCCCUCAAAAUACUAGUUUGGCAUGUACCAAAUUUUAAGUUUUGCAGGUGACUGCUCUAACAGAACACUCAAGUUUGCACAAAAGCAGUCACUUGGGCUUGCCUUAGUCAUGCACAUAUUCUGGACUAGUUCACUGUGCCCCUUGACCACCUUAAACUUUUUAAACAUUGAGUGACAACUACGUUCUCAAUCAUACUGUGCUCAUGUUUUUGAGUGGCCUUUGCAGUUAUAGCUGUGUAAACACCAAACCAUGCCUCUAAUGAUGAGUAAGUGCAUUGAAAUAGAAAUUCAAAUUUGCCAAAGGUAAAAAGUACUGUGCCUUGUACUCAACCCUUUAUUUCAUGAAUAAACCAAGUCCUUGGCUGUUUAUUAUUGGCACUGAGAUAAAUUACUGUAUGUACAGUGUUUUUAGUCCACAUUACAAUGUUAGUUUGACAUGAUACAUAAUAUGAAUAGUAUUUUAUAGACCAACCACUGUACCACUGGUUAUUGAGGACAUCGGCCUUUACAAGUACUAUAGAAACCCUGAGACACUCCAGUAUGUCCUGUGUGGUAGCAGGAAGUGCCUUUGGUUUGAGAACCGUAAAACAGAUCAGACAAAUGAACCAAAAUCACAAGCGGCAACAGUCACCAAAAUGCCUUUUUAUAUGCUGGAACGAAUAUUCAAAUAUUCGAAUGUGUUACACUGAAAACAUUUACUGCACUAAUUAAUCCAGUAUGUCUCUGUUGUUUAUUCUGCGCUAACCCCCAAUAAAGGUGGUUGAUGACAAUAUUCAGAUGAUAUUACGAUAAUCCCAACGUGCCUGUAAAUAUCUUGAUUGAGGUUCAAGUAUCACACAAAACAUUUGGACAUUUUUUUCUUUUUGUUUUUUUUCCCCUCAAAUUGUUUUAUUAUAGACAAUAUACAUUUCUAUCUAAACAUAAAUAAAAAUAAAUUGGGAUAAAAGGGGAAUUGACAUAUUUUGGCACUUUGUCUUGCAUACCUUUAGGCUACAUGACCUUAGGCAACAUAAUCCUUGAAUAAUUACUCUUGAAUGUCCAGUAUUUUACUGUGUAAAUGUAUUUAUUAAUAGGAUAUCUUUUGUGAUAUAUCAGCGAUGGAUUCUUCUUUAACAUUUUAUGAGAAUGUAACAAGUUACUUUUAGAAUGGUCCUGAAAGUAGAAAUAUGUUAAAUGACACAACACAGGGAAACUCAUUGUGGACACUUGCAGGUUCAAGUGUUUUAGGGUGAUUAUGGAAGACUGUAUUCCCUUUAUAAAUACCAAAUCAAUAUAGACAUUAAGGUUGGGCUAAAUAAAGCCUUUAAACAUUGAAACUGAUCCAUUUUUAAUGUCUAAAUGUGGAUGAGGCCAUUGCUUGUUUAUAACGUGUUUGUGUUUUUAUACAAAAUAGUAUUUUCAUCAGAGAAUAUCCAAUUAAGUCAGGAAUAGUCUUUGGUGCAGUUAAAUUAAAAUGUUCUGUGUUUUACAGUGUCUUGUGAACACUGCGGGAUUUUUUUUUAAUGUAUCCUGUGUAUUUUUUACUUUGAUUUCUCUGUGGGGACAGUUUUUUGCUAAUGUGUUAGUGUAUGGUUGUAUGUGGUUUUGUGUUGUCUUUACUGUUUGUUGCAAGCCCAAUAAGAUUGCAAUGCUUACACUGCUGCACUGCUGGAACACUUAAAUCAUCAUUUCAAACACUACAGGCCUUAAGACAAAGUCCCAGAAGGAAAUUUAGAAACUUCUUCACUAUCUUAAAGAUUGUAGCUAAAUGUUUAUUAACAUAAUUAUAGUGUGGAGGAUUUGAAAUAGUUUACAUACAGAAUUACCCAACACUUUCUGUUUUUUACUUUUUGAAUAAAAGUACUUUGUACAAGCUUUUAUUGGCACAGAAUGCAGUGGUAUCUUUUCUUAUCACACGGCAAAACAUUGAAAAGAAAAAAAUUAAAAAUCGCAAAGUCAGUGUCCCGCAUUUGAUCUUGUCUCUGCUUUGUAACAUGAUACUUUAUUGAUAAUGGUUAAUAUUUUGUAGCUAUAGAUCAUUUGUAUGUAUGCAAAAUUGAGGUUAAAUAAAUUGUGAAAACUGGGAGUAAA